UAAGGCGCCGGAGACCGGGGGGUGGGGGGGGUGAACCGGGGCGGCGGCCGGCGGCGCCGGGAUGGACGGCCGAGGUUUAUCUUUACUAUUAUUUUCAUGAGACGUUUGGGGGAAGAUAUCUUGGAGUAACGCUAGAAGAAGCUAUAUUGUUCCCAUUUUAAGAGACAGCUCCAACAAUGAUUACUUCAGAGCUACCGGUGUUACAGGAUUCCACCAAUGAAACUACGGCGCAUUCAGAUGCAGGCAGCGAGCUGGAAGAAACGGAGGUCAAAGGCAAAAGGAAAAGGGGGCGUCCUGGCAGGCCUCCAUCUGCAAAUAAGAAACCUCGGAAAUCUCCGGGGGAGAAGAGCCGAUCGGAGGCCGGAGUGAGAGGAGCCGGCCGCGGAAGAGCCAAUGGGCACCCUCAGCAGAACGGAGAAGGGGAGCCCGUCACGUUGUUCGAGGUGGUGAGGCUGGGCAAAAGUGCAAUGCAGUCCGUGGUGGAUGACUGGAUUGAAUCAUAUAAACAGGACAGGGAUAUUGCACUUCUGGAUUUAAUCAACUUCUUUAUCCAGUGUUCAGGAUGUCGAGGUACUGUAAGAAUCGAGAUGUUCAGGAACAUGCAAAAUGCAGAAAUCAUCCGAAAAAUGACGGAAGAAUUUGAUGAGGAUAGUGGUGAUUACCCUCUUACCAUGCCUGGUCCUCAGUGGAAAAAAUUUCGCUCAAACUUUUGUGAAUUUAUUGGCGUCCUGAUUCGACAGUGUCAGUACAGCAUCAUUUACGAUGAAUAUAUGAUGGAUACAGUCAUCUCCCUACUGACUGGUUUAUCAGACUCUCAAGUUCGAGCUUUUAGGCAUACAAGUACCCUGGCUGCCAUGAAGCUUAUGACUGCUCUGGUGAAUGUUGCCUUAAACCUGAGUAUUCAUCAGGAUAAUACACAGAGGCAGUAUGAAGCUGAAAGAAAUAAAAUGAUUGGGAAGAGAGCCAAUGAAAGGCUGGAGUUACUACUUCAGAAACGGAAAGAGCUGCAGGAAAACCAAGAUGAGAUUGAAAAUAUGAUGAACUCUAUUUUUAAGGGUAUAUUUGUUCAUAGAUACCGGGAUGCUAUUGCCGAGAUAAGAGCCAUUUGUAUUGAAGAAAUUGGGGUCUGGAUGAAAAUGUAUAGUGAUGCUUUCCUGAAUGACAGUUAUUUAAAAUACGUUGGCUGGACUCUCCAUGACAGGCAAGGUGAAGUUAGACUGAAGUGUUUGAAAGCUCUUCAGAGUCUCUAUACCAACAGAGAGCUGUUCCCUAAAUUGGAGCUAUUUACUAACAGGUUCAAGGAUCGCAUUGUAUCAAUGACACUUGAUAAGGAAUACGAUGUUGCUGUGGAAGCCAUUCGAUUAGUCACGCUUAUACUUCAUGGAAGUGAAGAAGCCCUUUCCAACGAAGACUGUGAAAAUGUGUACCACUUGGUAUAUUCAGCUCACCGGCCUGUUGCUGUAGCAGCAGGAGAGUUCCUUCACAAAAAAUUGUUUAGCAGACAUGAUCCCCAAGCAGAAGAAGCAUUAGCGAAGAGGAGAGGGCGCAACAGUCCCAAUGGGAACCUUAUCAGGAUGCUGGUUCUUUUCUUUCUUGAAAGUGAGUUGCAUGAACAUGCAGCUUACUUGGUGGACAGUUUGUGGGAAAGCUCUCAAGAACUUUUGAAAGAUUGGGAGUGUAUGACAGAAUUGUUACUGGAAGAACCAGUCCAAGGAGAAGAAGCCAUGUCCGAUCGGCAAGAGAGUGCUCUUAUAGAGCUGAUGGUUUGUACAAUUCGUCAAGCUGCUGAAGCACAUCCUCCCGUAGGAAGGGGUACUGGCAAGAGAGUGCUAACUGCCAAAGAGAGGAAAACUCAGAUAGAUGAUAGAAACAAAUUAACUGAACACUUCAUUAUUGCACUUCCUAUGUUACUAUCAAAGUAUUCUGCAGAUGCAGAGAAGGUAGCAAAUUUGCUUCAAAUCCCUCAGUAUUUUGACCUGGAAAUCUAUAGCACGGGCAGGAUGGAAAAGCAUCUGGAUGCCUUGUUAAAGCAGAUUAAAUUUGUCGUGGAGAAGCACGUAGAAUCAGAUGUCCUGGAAGCCUGCAGUAAAACCUACAGCAUCUUAUGCAGUGAAGAGUACACCAUCCAGAACAGAGUUGACAUCGCUCGUAGCCAGCUGAUUGAUGAAUUCGUAGACAGAUUCAACCACUCUGUGGAAGAUCUCUUGCAGGAGGGAGAGGAAGCGGAUGAUGAUGACAUUUACAAUGUUCUUUCUACAUUAAAGAGAUUGACUUCUUUUCACAAUGCUCAUGAUCUGACAAAAUGGGAUCUCUUUGGUAAUUGCUACAGAUUACUGAGAACUGGGAUUGAACAUGGAGCUAUGCCAGAACAGAUAGUGGUUCAGGCCCUGCAAUGUUCCCAUUACUCCAUUCUUUGGCAAUUGGUGAAAAUCACUGAAGGCUCUCCUUCCAAAGAGGAUUUGCUGGUGUUGAGGAAAACUGUGAAGUCGUUUUUGGCUGUUUGCCAGCAGUGCCUGUCAAAUGUCAACACCCCAGUCAAAGAACAGGCCUUCAUGUUGCUGUGUGACCUCUUGAUGAUUUUUAGCCACCAGCUAAUGACAGGAGGCAGAGAGGGACUUCAGCCACUGGUUUUCAACCCAGACACCGGCCUCCAGGCUGAACUCCUCAGCUUCGUGAUGGACCAUGUCUUCAUUGACCAGGAUGAGGAGAACCAGAGCAUGGUAGAGGGAGAUGAGGAAGAUGAAGCUAACAAAAUCGAGGCCUUACACAAGAGAAGAAACCUCUUAGCAGCUUUCAGCAAACUUAUCAUAUAUGAUAUUGUGGACAUGCAUGCAGCUGCAGAUAUCUUCAAACAUUAUAUGAAGUAUUAUAAUGACUAUGGAGAUAUCAUUAAGGAGACAUUGAGUAAAACGCGGCAAAUUGAUAAGAUUCAGUGUGCAAAGACACUCAUUCUCAGUUUGCAGCAGUUGUUUAAUGAGCUGGUUCAAGAACAAGGUCCCAACUUGGACAGGACCUCUGCCCAUGUCAGCGGUAUUAAAGAGUUGGCCCGUAGGUUCGCUCUCACCUUUGGCUUGGAUCAGAUCAAGACGAGAGAAGCUGUGGCCACUCUUCACAAAGAUGGCAUAGAAUUUGCCUUCAAAUACCAAAAUCAAAAAGGGCAAGAGUAUCCACCUCCAAACCUUGCUUUCCUUGAAGUGCUAAGUGAAUUUUCUUCUAAACUUCUUCGCCAGGACAAAAAGACUGUUCACUCAUACCUUGAGAAGUUCCUGACAGAACAGAUGAUGGAGAGGAGAGAAGACGUAUGGCUUCCACUCAUCUCCUAUCGAAACUCACUAGUCACCGGCGGAGAAGAUGACAGAAUGUCGGUGAACAGCGGGAGCAGCAGCAGCAAAGCCUCGUCAGUGCGGAAUAAGAAAGGACGGCCACCACUUCACAAAAAACGAGUGGAAGAUGAAAGUCUGGACGGCACAUGGAUGAACAGGAAUGACACCAUCCAAACUCCCGGAGCCUUGCAAACCCCUCAGCUCACCUCAACUGUACUAAGAGAAAACAACAGGCAGAUCGGGGAACAAAUUCAAGAACCCGAGUCGGAACACGGGUCAGAGCCGGACUUUCUACACAAUCCACAGAUGCAGAUUUCUUGGUUGGGCCAGCAGAAGUUAGAAGACCUAAAUCGGAAGGACAGAACGGGGAUGAACUACAUGAAAGUGAGAAGUGGUGUAAGGCAUGCAGUCCGGGGCCUUAUGGAGGAUGAUGCCGAACCUAUCUUUGAAGAUGUAAUGAUGUCCUCACGUGGUCAGUUAGAAGAUAUGAAUGAGGAGUUCGAAGACACCAUGGUUAUCGAUCUGCCCCCUUCGAGAAACCGACGAGAGCGAGCCGAGCUGAGGCCAGAUUUCUUUGACUCCGCAGCUAUCAUAGAAGAUGAUUCGGGAUUCGGGAUGCCUAUGUUCUGAAGUCCAAGGACGACGUCUUACCAAUCUGGAACUCUAUUAUUUAGAGCUAGAGGCCUAUAUACUGUGAUAGCUUGUAUGAAAGAAACACUUUUGAUGUGACCCGGUUUGUUUUUUAAUCAAAUGAUUGCGGUCGAUCCCUUUUUGCAGUGACAGAGCCGAAGAGGAGCAUGUAAAUUACCCAAGGGAAUGUUGGUGUAUCCAGCCACCUCGGAAAGACUGACCCUGAAAGAUCAUUUGUGUCCCUGUAUGGACUAUCCCGAUACAGAUGUGUGUGUUUUUCUGGAGGGAGGGGGGGCGGGGGGGAAGGGAAUUUUACAUUUUUAAGACAGCUGUCAAGAUAAACACUGUUGUACACCUGUUUUAUGAAAACUCAGCAUUGAGUGAAAAAAAAAAAUAUUUUUAACUUUAUUUUCCUGCUGUACAAUUUAAAACCGUUUUAACAUUUGCCUUUUUAUGUUUUAAGAGCUAACCAUUUUUAUUAAACCUGUACCAGUCAGUCGGUCAUUGUCUAGCGAUGGCGCUCUCGAAAGCAGGUCAUCCUGGUUGCGGAAGAGUGUCUUUGAACACACUGGAUUUGGUUGACGUUGUGGUACCCUUUUACCCUCCCGUAGGCAUGGAGACAAAGCGGAACACUGACAGACAACGCAGUGGAAUUCUGAUGAAGCGCAUCUUUGCCAAAAAAAAAAAGAAAAAAAAAGAAAAAAAAAACCACCCCAAGUUGGAUAUGGAUGUGGAAAAAACCCAGAUUUUAUAUACUCUUGAGAAAGAAGGUUUAUUUUUAUUUAUAAGGGGCAUAAAAUAAGAGAUGUCCACGCAGCCACUUUUCCAACAGAUGCUGUGCAACAUUCAUUUUAUAGGGCACUCGGGAGACACAAAUACAGUGCAUUUUCUAUUGGUAUUUGUUCUGUGCAUUUUUAGCGACUUCUACCAGCAAAUAAAGUAUUCUCAGUAAAACGAACGAAUGGUCCUCAAGUUAUCGGUUUGCCGUUUUUACCACUUAUUUCGUGCCCUGCCAAAUCCAAGGUACCCAAAACUACAGUUUUCCGGAAAACUUCAGAAGUAAUGACUUUGCCAUUCUCAAGCAAUUUUAACUGUACCAUAGAUGUGUCUACUUCCCAUGCAGUAAAUACCCUUGCGCGCUAACUAUUUUUGUAAAUUAAUUUCGCCAGUUAGAAGUAUGUGCUGCAUAGAAGUUUGUGCUUAGAGGGUGAAGUUCUUAAGCUUACCAUGGAAUACAGCUACAUUUUCAGUGUUAACUGUGCAUACUAAGAGUAAUUCUUGAGGGGGGGAGGGAGGGGGAAGGAAACAUUGCAUUUUCAAAACGGAAGAAAGACCAAACGAGUCCUCAGCUAAUUCAUUGUAAUAAGAGAUUUUUCAAUGUCUUCAGUGGUUUGGAAUUUCAUUCUGCUUAGAUUUUUCUGCCUCUGCCCAGUUGCUGCUGUUUUAGUUUGGAAAAAACAAACAAAACCCAAACAACUCUCUAAUCUUCCUUUUCGAGUUUUAACGUUACCAUUGAAGCUUCAAAACAGAUCGAUCCACUGUCAAAACUGCCGUUUCUAAAGUGGUUCUCGUAGUAGCAGCUGCGGCAGAAUCGUCCGGCUCCCUCUUGGACAAAAGCCAAAGCGGGAAAAGAACCCGCACGCCCAGCGAUGUACCUUUCCAGAGGGAAAGCGGGGGGGGGGGAGGGGAAAUCGAUGUGUAUUCGUCCUUUUUUCCGAAUAGACACGAAGCCGAGAUGUUUCUCAACCUGUACGGUUCUCCAAAAGAAAAAGGGCUCGGUUGCCAAAAACGUCCGACUCGCCGAUCCGGCCAUUCCCCCCCACCCCCUGCCGUGGCCUGGAGCCGAAGGGCCAGCAGGCCACCCCGCCGCCGCGCGCCCGGUGGCGAGGAACGGCCGCGUUAGCGAGUCGGCGCUUGCAAGCUCCCUGACAGCCGAGAGCAGGCUCGGCCCCGCCUGCGCUUCACAGUCCUCCGUGCGCAAAAACCCCGUCCGAACUUUAGCUUGGUAGAAUAAUACCGUCUAACAGCAAAAGGUUUAAUAUCUAGGUACCUCCGAUGGGUUUCCAGUUCAGUUUGAAGUCAAUAGAUUUUUGUAUUUUGAGUGUCUCCUUGAUUGGUUUUGCUAGUAAUUCUGUAAAUUGUACAUUUACGAUAUGAGGUUUUUUUUUUCCUUUUGUACAAUUUAAAACUGAUGCUUCACCUUUCCUUUAAUAAACUAUUCAAAAAUCAG